AUGCCUCCACGACCGGGCGAGGAAAUAUUGGUGAACGUGUUAGCUGAUAUCCAUUACUAUUUCACUACACCGACCCCUAAACCUCUCUAUCAUCGAUUUGAGAAAAGUUCCUAUCUAUACAUCUACAAAGAUCCUUCGCAAAAUAAGGCAAGAAUCGAGGUUGCCAAUAAUCCGGGUACAUCAGACCAAGAUGCAUUCCAAGGCGCAUUGGAUAAUGUCCACAUAUCACACUCUACACAAUUUCCGACCUUAUGCACCGUGACGGUGGACGGAUACACCGGUGCACCUCAACAAGAAGCUUCCCAGUAUGACUGGCGGCUCCCAAGCACAGAUGGGCAAAAUGACUUGAUCCGUCUCAACACGCUAGAUGUUUAUUUCUGGACCUUGGACGACGCCAACCAAUUCCUAGACUCAGCCGCCCAUGUUCUGGCACAUGCCCAACUGGAAACAGACCGGGAAAGCGCAGUUGAGCAGUCAGAUCAGUCCCUAAGCUCUGUAGUCCAGCAGCUCGAGAACAUUGCUGUUUCAGACCCCGCCUAUCAGAAUGGCCAAACCCCCGAUUCAAGAUUCAACCCACCACCCGUAGCAGCACCCACUGCCCAGGCCGCUCCAGCAUCCCUCAAUUUCCCUCCACCACCUCCAAGCGGCCCAUCAACCGACCAGCACCAAUCCUUUGCUCAACACCCGUCGUUCUCCCAAGAACGAGACUCACCGGUCUCCCCGAUCACCCCAGAAGAAAGACAAGAGCCCGAGAAUGUGACACCCGCACCACUCCCUUAUAACCCAGCUGCACCCGCUGCACCAGAACCGAUCAAGCAUCGUGAGAAAACUCCACCUCCUCCAGAAGAUGGUACAGGCCUCGCAGCGGCGGCAGCUGCAGAUGCAGGUGUUCCAUAUACACCGCCACAUCAAAGGGCCAACAGUGUCGGGAUAAGCUCAUUCGCACCUCCACCAUCCUCAGCACUAAGCAUGCAAUAUACGCAAACGGGAUAUGCAUCUCCACCCCCAAGCGCAGGCUUAGUUCACCCAAACACAUUCCCACUCUCUGGUCCUGGGGCGGGUUCCGCACUCCAAAGCCCUGUGCUCCCUUCAUACCAGCAAUCCUUCAUGACUGGUCAACAGUUCCCUGGAGCCAGUGGCAUGUCCUUUGCACCGCCACCGCAGGAUCCUAAUGCUCACCUGUUUGGCCAGCAGGGCCACACUACGCCGCAACAAUCGCCGCCGCAACAGGCAGUGCACCAGCCUCCAGUUGGGCUCUCAAAUUACUCGUACGAUCAAGCACAGCCGCAGCCUGUGCAGCGGAGUGGAUCAGAGUAUGAUAUUCAUAGUCAGGUUUACAGGCCUACGCAUGAAGAGGUGCGUUCGCAUGCGCAGAAGCAUGUUCACAAGGCGAUGAAGGCGCCUGGAGAGCGGCCGCAUAAAAUAGAGGACAAGGCGCAUAAGAUGGAGGGUGGGGUGAAUCGGUUUUUGAAGAGGCUCGAGAAGAAGCUAGGCUAG